CAGCGAUGGAGCCGGCGGGGAGCGGGGGCACCUCCUCCGCAGACUCUCAGGCCGCCUUCGUGCUGAGUAACCUGGCCGAGGUGGUGGAGCGCGUCCUCGCUUUCCUGCCCACCAAGGCGCUGCUGCGGGUGGCCGGGAGCCCGCCCCGCCCAUCUCCGCCAUCCUAGUAACCGCAGCGAGCCUUGGUAGCGCUUCGCCAAGGGAGAGAUUGAGGCUAGACGCAUUCCAGACCCGUGCUGGGGGACACGCAGCAGGACCCCUCUGGGAAGGGGGAUGUCGGGUGUGUCUCGAUUAUGGAAGGAAUGUGUACGCCGAACCUUGAGGACCCAGCAGAGCGUGGCCUGGAUCUCCACAAUGGAGCCCGGGCCCCCAGAGAUGCACUCGCUGGUCCAAGUGUUAGCCAAGGAGCUUGAGAAGGUUCAUGCGCUGCCACAGACUGUCCUCUACAUGGCUGAUGAAGACACUUUUGUUGGAGAGGAGGAUGGUCACGGACACAAAAAAGCACGAAAGAGAAACCCCCAGGAAAUUGCUCGUGCCAUUGAGAGGUUGUUUCCAAAACGCUGCCAUGUCCUUGGGGUUAUAACCCCAGGAGUUAUAGUAACUCCAAUGGGAUCAGGUAGCAACCGACCUCAAGAAAUAGAAGAUGGAGAAGCUGGCUUUGCAAUAUUGUUCCCCAAAAUUGAUGGAGUCAAAAUUGAGACUUUUCAUUUUCUGAAGGAUCUGAGAAAAUGUAUCCAUGAAAGCAAAUUGAUUGAAGCAGGUCUUAAAAACAAUCCUGAGCUUCGGGUGGUCCUUAUAUUUGGCUACAAUUCUUGGAAGAUUGGAGCUGCUGGAUUUCUUCAGAAAGUUGUCAACAUUCUCAAUGAAAAAAGCGUCAUGCUUGCUGGUGGUCAGGUAGACCGCUUGACCUCCUUGACAUCAGAGAGUAACCCUCCCACCAACGAGGCCUGCGGUGUGGUCGGCCUCUCCUUCAGUGGACCUCAGAUCCAGAGCGCAUCAGUGCUGCUGAACCAGGAUGUGAACGACGAGAAGACGGCCGAGGCCGCCAUGCAGCGCCUCAAAGCUGCCAACAUCCCCGAGUACAACACUUUUGGCUUCAUGUUCGCCUGCGUGGGCAGAGGCUUCCAGUACUACCGGACCCGCCGGAACGUGGAGGCGGAUGCCUUCCGGAAGUUCUUCCCCACCGUUCCCUUGUUCGGCUUCUUUGGCAAUGGAGAGAUCGGAUGCGAUCGCAUCGUCACGGGGAACUUCAUCCUGAGGGAGUGCAACGAGGUGGAGGAUAUUCUGCUCCACAGCUACACCACCGUCAUGAUCCUCAUCCACCUCGGCCCAACCAAGUGAGCCUCUGCUUCGGGGGCACCUGCCGAAACCCGCCCGCGUGUGUACAUAUUUCAGGUGAAAGUCCCUUUAGAAGUAUCUGUUUUAUACCUUUGUUUAACGCUCUCGAGAUAAUGUUGAAAUAGGUCUAAUGGUGUUAAGUGAAGGAGAAUGUGUGUGUAACUGUCAGCCGGGGGAGGGGGGAGCUUGGGGGAGCCUGUGGGCAGUGCCCAGAGGGACAAGUGAGGCUUCCUUGCCUGCGGUGAGGGAGGAGAGCACUGGAUUGGGAGUCCCAAGUCCUGCCUCUGCCACUGGUAGUUGUGGGACCUUGGACAGGACCCCUUACCUCUCUGAGACUCAGUUUCCUCAUCUGCAAAAUGGAGAGAACACUCACUACCUAGCUCACAGGGUUGUUGUGAGGCUAAAAACAGAAUGUGUGUAGAGCGCUCUGUAAACCUGGCAGUGCUACAGAAAUGUGUAAGUGGUUAUUGUCAGAGAAUGAUCAUCUUGGGGCCAUAAUCAUGAAGUUUUUUGUUUUCUUCAAAAACAUACAACAUUGGUCUGUUGUCUCCUUCAGGGAGAUCUUUUCUCAAAUGCACCUGUUUUUCAGACACUUUAAUAAAGUUAUUACAUUAUUUUUACUCAUUGCAUAAAAGUUACAAUAAAAUAUUUUGUGGUGGUA